GGCAUUUCUCUGUCGUAGUUUGGGGGCGGGAGCGGAAGGGUGGCAUCGCCCGUCGGCGCUUGGGGGCGGAGGUUGCGGAGGAGCCGCGGCGGGGAGCGGGGCUCAUGGCGGCGGCGGCGGCGGCGGCGGCGGCGGCGGAGCGGAGCCCGAACGAUUCGGGGCCCGGGCGAGGGGCGGCGGGCGGCGGCCGCCAUGAAUUCACGCUCACCGUGCCCUUCCCCUCCCCGCUGGACGCGGAGAUCGCCCGCCGAUCCCUGGCCCCCGACGCGGAGCCCCGGAAAGGAGGCAUCAGCAAGGACCUGACGGUGGCGGGCAGCGACCUGCGCGUGCACUGGACCGCAGAAGAGGCCCGCAUCCUGCGCGUGUCCAUCACCUCCUUCCUGGAUCUCCUGAGCCUGGUGCUGCUGACCAUGGAGCGCUUCGGGCCCCCCGUGCCCCGCUGAAGACCCCCUUCCCGGAGCCAGGCCUCGAGGCCAAGGGGCUGGACCUGGGGGGCUCCAGUCCACGCCAGCCUGAAGCUCCUCCCUGCCAUCCCCCGGCCUUCCCGACUCUGGCCCAGAGGCCUGUUUGGGAUGGAGCUGCUGCGGUGACGUGAAGGAGAGGAGGCCCUGGGGAAAAGCCUGGGACAGUUUUUCUCAAGCUGUGGACUGACCGCGGGGGCCCGGCCUGGCUCCAGGGCAGCAUCUGGGGAAUCCCGGGAGUUGGGCUUGUCUCCAGAGAGUCCCCUGAGACUCCCAUCCGCCCCGUACCCCGGUGGAGAGGGGCGCUCACCGGGGAUGGGAACGAGUUGGCCCGGCCCAGGUCACCCACGACAUUCCGUUCAUCCUUCAGAAAUGAGAUUCUGCUGUGGGAAAUAAACAAUUGGCCAAAGCCUGA